AUGUCACGACUGAGUCAGAGGAAGUCUGCUAAUUACGAGAGCCAGCGCAUUAGGACUCCUACAUCGCAGACAGGUCCCAGUGGAUCAGGGCCGGGAUCCGGCAACAACUCAGGGUCGGGGUCAGGAUCAGGCUCUAGUCAUGGUUCUUUUGAUAGGAACCUGCUACAGUAUGAUACAAAGAAUGGCAACUCCACUAGUCGAAUAGCAUCGGACGGUGUGAUCUACUCGCAUAAUAAAGAUCUCUUGUAUAGGACUCCUUAUAAGGUUCCAUCGCACGAUUCACACCACCCCAAUAAAUUGAACUCCAUGUCAUCGACAUCUUCGUCUUCUUCAAAUAGAGUGCACUCUGAUAGCUAUGCAUCUGAUCCAUAUUAUUUAAAGAAACAAAAUAACCAGAAAUUCAGUCCAUCUGUCUACCAUUUGCUGAUAGCCAACCCGCCAAAUCCAUCUCAAGCGACUGCUGCAGCAGCAGCUGCGAUGAAGAAGCAACAGGGCCUUCUGUAUCCCCAUCAGGAUCACUUUGACUUCAGACCGCCCACAAACAGCACUAAAAUACAACAUCACCCUCCCCCUCUUAAUAUGCAUACGUCGGACAAAGAGGAGUAUAAAAAACCAACUGGCCUACAGGUCGACACUAACUCAGAUCCUGCUGGGUUCAGCUUUUCAGAACAUGAUACCUCCAUUCAGGACUUUGUUGUCUCUCCUGCUAGAGAAGUUGAUGGAGGAGAGGAUAACUUAUUAAGUGCAUCGCCUCCUACUGAUCAUACUCAUCAACUGCUGGUGCUGCUGCUGCUGGCAAAAUUCAACAGCACUGUUCUUCUUCCAUUCGUUGAAGUGCCAGAAUUCUCACCGAACUCCAAUGGCUCUGAUAGGACGCCCUCUCCUGUUAAAUCCGUGAGCACAAGUCUUAAUUCUAAUACACUUGGACUGAUUAUUGGUGGCUACAAUUACAGUGGCAGUUCUAUUGAGGUGGGUGGCCCUUCGGCAAAGAGCUCGGGCUCCAGAGAUAUGUUGGUUGAAAGCAAACCGAUCAAAGCCAAUUUAAAUGAAAUAAUAACUAACAAUCGUAAUCAUUCGGAUCUGCCUCAAGUGCAUACCCCACUGCAAACUAAACCAUUUUCUAUGUACAUCGAUUACCCAAUCGCACAGCAGCAGUCCCAACAGCAACCUUCUUCUCCUUCGACUCAUGUACGGAAUAGCUCGGAAUCAUCGACUACUUCAAAUGCAUCCACUACUUCAACUUUAACGCCCUCUUCGGCUUCUACAAAUGCAAGUAAGGACAAGAGAUUUGUCAGAUAUGUGAUGAAUACCCAGCAGUCUAAAGCAGCUGUUAACAGCUCCUCCAAUAAGUGGAACAUGGAAAAUGUAAUUAAAUGGCUAGAUACUCAUAAUUUUCACCAGACGUGGAAGGAUACCUUUAAAAGAAAUGAAAUUUCAGGAAAUAGGUUCCUUGAACUUUGUAAUUAUGAAGCUGAUUCAAUAAUUUGGAAGCAAUUUGGGAAACUUUUAUAUACUGAUGGUAUGUACAAUACAAUUCCGAGGUUUAUCUCACUUUUGAAGGAUGAAAUGUUAAACCCAUCCCCUGCUACUGAAGAAGAAAAACCUCUUAGAGAGAGUUCACAUUCAAGGAAAGGAUCAAAUGAUUCUGUAUCUUCCUCUCAUCACCAAAAUAGCUCGAUUAAAGCAGAGCAUAGAAAAUCUGCACUUAUAUUUCUGAAAUAUAAGUCUGGAACUACGACAAAUUCCAAUGCAAACAUCUCAUCUGGAUCUUCAAGCAAUACUCUAAACAACAGUACAAAUACCAGUAUAGGAGGAAGUGGUGGAUUAGGUGUUUCUAAUAAUUUGAAUGCGCAUGGUAAUUCCAUAAAACCAAGGCCGUUUUCAUACAUACCCCCUUCUUCUCAAAUGAAGAAGGAGGCUGCCUCAUCAGGUCAAUCAUAUAAAUUCUUCAGGAAGCAUUAUCGAAGUUCUUCCAUCGAUCAAAUAGAUGAACAGAGGGAUAUUAGUAGUGCUCCUACAUCCGCCAACUCCACUAUUUCACAUGAAUUUCCUACUCCACUUAAGAAAGGAGGUAAAGGUACUUCUACAUCUUUAACCGACGAAAGUUCUGUUUCACCUGCCGUCAAAUCUCCUCAGCUUAUUGCACAGAACUCCAAUGGUACCGGUAUAUCUGGAAAUUCUAAUCCUAAUAACAGCAAGAAAGAAAGAAUUUUGAGUACAUUUAGAAAAUACGGAGGAGAUAAAGCAGCCGAAAUGGUAAAGCAUGUUCAGCCAUCGACAAACUCUCAGAGAAAUAGCUUGAUAUUUCCAAAGACAUCUUCUUCUGAAGUAUUGACUCCAGUAACUAAUAAUGCUAGUACUACUGGCUUUAGGCCUCCCAGGCGAUCCUCUGAUCAUUCCAUCAGUUCAUUUAGGUCCUCGUCAUCCUUAACUAAUAAUACGCAUGAAAGAUCGCCUGUACUAACUGCUGCGUCAGGAGCUUUACUGGCUACUUCGACACCACCUAGUAUUGAGGUUACUCAAGCUGAUGCUCUUGUUUAUCCAGAGCAAUAUUCGUACAGACCACUCGAAGAGAAGUACUUACCUAAACCACUAAAGAGUGUACAUCAUACAGACAAGGUCAUUCUUGUCACAAAGGAUAACAAGCAAUUUUUUCCUGUAACUGUUCCAAUCAGUAAUGUAGAAGAUGAUGACGAUGGCGAAAAGAAGGGUGAAAAUUUAGAGCAACUGAAAUUACAAGAGACAAAAUCAUUGGUUAUAAAGGAACUAGGUCUAAUAGAUAUUGGAUUGAUUACAUUUCAUUUGACUGAUUUCAAUUCAGAAGAGGGUGAAGCAUUGCCAAAUACUAUUUUGUUUAAUGUGCUAAGGACACUACCACUCCCUAAGUUGGUGGUACGUCAAGAACUUUCUUCGCCAUCCAUUAAUACAUAUUCUACAACGUCUUCUGACUCAAAAUCAUUUGAAUUGAAAGGUGAGAAUAAUGAUGAGAAAUUUUACCCUGCUACUCCGCAGUAUUUACUCCAGAAUAAUUCCUCUGAUUCGAAAACUGAUUAUUGGAACUUUAAAGAAACUGCAAAUGAUAGGUUAUCAAAAAUCAAUGAAUCGCCUGAUCGUUUGGCAAUGCCUUCAUCUCUGGCCAAAGCAAGAGCUAGUCCGAGUGUAAUUGCAAAUCAGCAGCAGCAACAGCAGUUGCAGCAACAAUUACAGCAGCAUUUGCUACUGAAGAAGCCAACUUCGCAAAACAACCAUUUUGCCUUGAAACUAGAUAAUAAUAAUAAACUACUUCAGAGGAAAAAGGUUGAAGGUUCAAAAGUACCCCUGUUGCUGAUCGAUACCAAGAAAGCUGCGGAUGAAAGUACUGUUAUUGGAAACAAUGGUUUAACUCCAAGUCCACUGAAUGAUGUGGAACCUAUUGAUUCUAAUGCAUCGAUUGCCAACUCUAUGAAUACCUUCAGAGUCUUACGGAAAGAAGGUAGAGAGAUUGAUUUCGAUAAACGGAGAAAGUCGCCUUUUGAAACUAAAGCUCCUAAACUUAUUCCAAGCAUAUACCAAUCUUCGGCAAUGGACUCUAUAAACUCUCCAAUAUCGGCAACGACUGUUCAUCCUUUUACGGAUAGCAACCAUUCCCCUUUAAAAGAUGGAAAACCGGAUGAAUCUGCUGAAAUUCGAAAUGCAGAAGAGAACGGUCCUCAACAAGAUAUUCAACCAAAAAAACGUGGGGCCGAGAGUGAAGUAGCAAAAAAGAAGAGCAUUUCUAGUAUUCCAGAUUACAUUUUACCAGUCACAAGGGAGAGGAGUGUUAGUAGUUCCAGUAGUAUUAUAGCUAAGAGAGUAGCACCGCUCCCACCGCCAUUGAACAACAGCAUCAAAAGAAAUGGAUCCGAUGCUCGCAAACGAACAUCUUCUAGAACAUCAUUGACAGCACUGCCUCCUGUAUCUGUAGCUUCAGCAGAUGUAGACCUGGUUUAUUCCAGUAGAUCAAAUAGUGGCAGUGAUAAAUCGUUUACCCUCAAACGUGGCCUCAGCAAAUUGAGAGGAGGUUCAGUUAUUCGAAAGGCAACAACAUUGAGUAGGGAAGAUCCAUUUAAGACCAAUGAGAUUUCUUUCGAAGAUAUACCAGAUGACGAUAUUAUUAACGUUAAUUCUAAUUCUGAAUCUGACGAAGACGAUUUCUUCGUAAAGCCGGUGAAAAAAGUUGUCAAAGUUAAAAACAAUGACGACGAAGACGAUGACGACUUUUUUAUGAAGCCAAUAUCUGACAAUGGAUCAAGAAACUCAACACAAAGGAAAAACAUGAGUGUAAGACCACCUAUUGAUGAGGUCUACAGCAACCUUGAGAAGUAUUUCCCGAAUACUAAUUUAGAUAAACCCAUUAUCGAUGAUUCUCCAGUUUCUCCAGUGGUAACCGCUGAGAAUUCAGCUCAAAAUUUCAAUUCAUAUAAUAGUAGAAUUCCUCAGCGUCGUUUCCCACUGAGAAAUGUAUCCGAAGGCAAUGAACCAGCUGGUGAAGCAUUUCUGAAAUCGGAAAGUGGUGAACCUCGUAGGUUAACAAUUUCUAGAACAUUUUCCAAUGCCAACAUUUCGCCAAUUGCCCCACCAGCUGACUCCGGGGAUGAUGUGUUCUAUGGGGAAUCGAAAAAUAAUUUGAGUGGACGUCGUCGUAUGAAGACCAUUCGUAUCGUUGCGAACGAAGCUCGUAGAAAAAGACUUGAGCAGCAGAAGAAUGCAUCACCACAAAGCACUUACUCUUUUGAAGUCUCUAGGAAUAAUAGUAAUGGAAGCACAGCUGAUGCUGGCAACAAAACUUUUGAAAGGGAUAGACCUUUGGUGCCAAAUAGUACUAAUCCUGAAGCCGAUGCAAACACUCAUGGAAAUAAUAUGUUGUUUAGAAGAAACACGAAAAUGUGGGGCCAAAAGGUGACUGAGGUUACAUCCAAAGAAAUUGAAAAGGGGUUUGUCAGUAAAAUAAGAAAUAACAAAAAUGGAGAAUUCGUUGAAUUUGCUUGGAUUAAGGGUGAAUUAAUAGGUAGAGGUUCGUUUGGAGCUGUCUACUUGGCCCUUAAUGUUACAACUGGUGAAAUGCUUGCGGUCAAACAAGUUGUAGUGCCCAAAGAUCGAAAUAGAAUUGGGUCAAAGACCGUCGAAGGUAUUGAGGCACUACAUAAGGAAGUCGAAACUAUGAAAGACUUAGAUCAUAUAAAUAUAGUCCAAUAUUUAGGAUUUGAACAGAAGGAUAAUAUCUAUAGCAUGUUUUUGGAAUAUGUUGCCGGAGGAUCCAUAGCACUUUGUAUGAAGUCGUACGGGCCAUUUGAAGAAAAAUUAGUUACAUUCAUUACUAGGCAGAUCUUGCUUGGGCUUCAGUACUUACACCAGAAUGGGAUAUUACAUCGUGACUUGAAAGCUGAUAACUUGUUACUCGAAGUUGAUGGUAGAUGUAAAAUAUCCGAUUUCGGUAUUUCCAAAAAGUCAAGCGAUAUUUAUGUGAAUAAUGCUGAAAUGUCGAUGCAAGGUACCAUUUUUUGGAUGGCACCAGAGGUUAUUGAUUCGAUUGUAGAGGACAAGAAGCAAGGGUACAGUGCCAAGAUUGAUAUCUGGUCUUUAGGGUGUGUUGUUUUAGAAAUGUUUUGUGGAAAACGUCCUUGGUCUAACGAGGCGGUGGUGAGUGCUAUUUACAAGAUUGGUAAAACCAAAUUGGCACCACCAAUUCCAAGUGAUAUCAACGAUAAAAUCCUGGUUGGAGCCAAAGAUUUCAUCAAGAAAUGUUUCACUAUCGAUCCUGAGGCUAGACCUACUGCUACGGAAUUAUUGGAGCACGAUUUCAUCAAGGAAGAUGAGCAUUUCCUGUUCCAGGACACCAAACUUGCGCAAUUAAUCAAGUUUAAUUCAAGGAAGAGCAGUACUGGCAAUGAAGCUAAUAGCUGA